AUGGGCAACGCUCCAGCGAAGAAAGGAGACCCAGAAAAUGGUAUUAUAAUAUUCGCGGGGGCAUCUGUUAUUACACUCACCCUUGAGAAAAACCUACUAAGCUUGUGUUUUUGUUGUCUUAUUUUAUUUUUUCCUGCAGUUAAAGCUUUUCUUACUGAGGCAAAGGAAGAAUUCAAUGCAAAAUGGGAGAGACCAUCUCAGGUAAGGCUUUCUCGCUACGAAUUGUAGUAUUAUACUGUCGCAUCCUCCGUUCGCUUUUAACUGAAAAUAUAUUCAUCUUUCUGAUGUGCGCGCUUUUGUUGGGUGAGACUUGUAAAUUACUUUAAACGGUGUUCUUUCCUUUUGAGAUCUUGUCACUAACAACCCGUGCUUGAAUCUUAGUUUGGCUUGUCGGUCCUAUUUUGUAGUUGUAAGAUUUUUGUAUUUCAAGGUCGGCCAAGUUGCUUUGUCACGAAGUAUUUUCUAUAUUGAUUUUCAUGGUGUCGCUCAUGUCAUGUCUGUUUGAUGCUUACAGAAUACGGCUAGUUUGGAUGAGUUUGAGCGUCUCAAGACCCUAGGUACUGGAUCAUUUGGUCGAGUUAUGCUGGUACAACACAAGAGCAGCUCAAGAUACUACGCCAUGAAAAUUCUGGACAAGCAAAAGGUAAUCUGAGGUUUAUUAUGUUGAAUUUUUGAACGGGGUUUUGCGAGGAUUUCGAUUAGAGAGGACUGGCGCAGUAUGUCGGUUUUAUUAGUUUAACUUAUGUGCAAAAGUAUUACUCCCGACCUCUGUUUCGAAGCGUCAAUCUUUCGAGGAUUAGACAAAAAUAUUAAAUAAGGACGAUUGAAUCCUUGGAAAACGAGAUCUCCGUUUCCUCGAAUUUCUAAAUUUGAAUGGCAGAUAAAAGACUUCGCUUUAACAACAACAACCUGUUCGUUGAUUUAUUCUGAAUGUCUGUUACGAAUAGCUGUGUCUUAUUUUAAGAUAUGAAAGUAAAAAUUCAAUGAAUCUGGGCGCUAUUUUUUGAGUUUCGCAUCUUGGAUUACUUCUUCUUUCUUGUAGACAUUGAAUUAUUACAUUCUUGGUUUGCACUGUUCAUUGGUUUUUGUAAUCUCAACUUAGACAUGGGCACCAUUUUUUAUGUAACAGGUGUUAUAACGAAUUAAUAAUCUUGAACUGGGUGUAGCAUAGAAUUCGUACGAUCUGCUUUAAUUUUAAGGUUGUCAAGUUAUAGCAAGUUGAGCACACGUUAAACGAGAAGAGAAUCUUGCAAGCCAUCACCUUCCCAUUCUUGGUGAAUCUGGAAUGGCACUUUAAGGUUUGUUUCUGCAAAGAUAUUGGCUAACAUCAUGCUACUAAGCUUAUUCCCCGAUCUGUUUUUCCAUUAAAUUUGAACUGAAAUACAACCUUUUUAAACUCUAACUCCUUAAGUCACUUAUUAAAAUUAUCUGCAUUAUUAUUGUUGACAAAAUAACACGGACGUGUUAACAUCAUUUGAGAAUGUUUUGAUUAUGAUGUCCUUUUGUUGAAGAUACUAAGAUUUUGCAACACCCACUUGCAAUAGAAUGAUAUAAGUUUUAUAAGUGAAAAAUUGUUGAAUCUUUUAGAUAAGCCUGGAAUACCAUCACCACUUUUAGUUUUGUAGGGUAUUCUACUCAUUCCUUACUGUCAAUGAAAUUCUAAUUUAAAUAUUGUUGCAACAAAAUAAUAACAAUAUUUGGUGCAAGUCUUGGGUAUCGGUUGUAAGAGGCCAAGGUUGGUUUCAACAUAAUCAUCAUUGCUUGUCUGGUGAAUGAUUUUAUCCAGGUAUAACAUUUAUAAAACUUUAAUAUCAGUAAAGCAUUUUCUUUACAUUCUAUGACAACGUUAUCACCCCAUGCCUGCCACUUUUAACAUUACUUCAUCUUGUACAACUGUUGUGUCUAUUGUAAUAACCUUCUGACACUUGCAUUGUUAUGUUGUCCCCUUUCCUUUAAGGUGCCUGUAAGUAAUUGUCAAUUUGCUCCAUUGUAAGCUAAUACUUUGAAUAUGGUUAUUGAUAUGCCUCAGUAAAUUCCUAUCCAGGAUAAGAGGAAUAUUUUGAUUAAAGAAGUUGCCUAGAAGUACACGUGUUAAUUUUAGUGAAUAUCCAUGCGGCUAUCUAACAUCAGCAAAACAUCAGUUACCAAGUAAGACAUCACAGACAGGGUUCAUACAAUCUUGAAAAGGUCUUGAAUUUUAGUAGUCAUCUUGAAAAGCCCUUUAAUUCUCUUGAGGUCCUUGAAAAGUACUUGAUUUCUUUAUUAGGUCUUGAAAAAUCCUUGAAAUUUGUCUGCACCAGACGCCUUUUUCUGUAAAAUUAGAUUAUUUUGCCAAGGAAAAUUUGGCUCAUCGUCGGUGUAAGAACCUGUAAAACUCACGAGGAAUGUAAAAACAUUUUUGUGCAUGAACAAUAUGUUAUUUCUGUUUCUUUAUUUCAAAUGCCAUUUCUGUACAUCAGACGCAUUUGCAAGUCAUACCCUUGUUUCGGAAAAUAGUAUGAAAUAAUGUGAUCAAUGGUGGCCAAAGAGGUAGAAUCAUAAAUGACUCUGUGACGUGUUCUAGCCAGUAGGGUGAUCAAAGGGGGUCAAAGAAAACUGUAACUGGUCCUUGAAAAUGAAAAGUCCUUCAAAUAUUGUUUGUCUGAAGUUGUACGAACCAUGCAGACAUCUCUUGCUUGUUUGUUUAGAUAUCAAUUAAUGGUGUCUUUGCCACCACUACACUAUAGCCAUAUUUUCAAAUGUGCUCUCUUUUGUUUGUAGGAUAAUUCCAACUUGUACAUGGUGUUGGAGUUUGUGCUUGGGGGAGAAAUGUUCUCUCAUCUAAGACGCAUUGGUAGAUUCAGGUGAAAUAUUUAUUUUUUUUUAUGAGAAGGCAUGAACAGGGUUUUGUGUGCUCUGACAUCGCCUACUUCCCCCCUGGGUGACGAUCAACCUGAUUUCAGUGUACCGCACACCUCAAAUCUGCAUAGCUCAAAAUACUUCUCUUGAUAAUAUUAUCGUAAUAUCCUCAAGCUCUGAACCAACUGUAGAGCAACUUAUGUAUUCAUAUGGGUUUUAAAUGACAUAACUUAGCAAGGUUGUGGUGAUAGCUGUAGCCGCCCUAGUGCCCAGUCCUCACCUCAACCUCGUACAGUCUUCUGGGCUUUUUAAUUUUCACAAUCCUUUGUUUGGGAACAUUGUGAAGAAUACAGCUAUUAAAACAACAUUCACAGGAAAAUGCCCUUUUGUUGUCUUUUGUUAAACACAUGGCAAAAUUGUUAUAAGGCGUGUGAGAAAGGGCUCUAAUUUGGGACUAGGCCAGAAGCAAUUGCGGCUACUAGUUAAGGACCACUGGGAUAUAGCUGAGGUUGAGCACUGGAGGGUAAUUCUUUGGUGGUACGUGGAAAAGUAUACUUACAUUUUCGUUAUUUUUCUUUUUCAGUGAAACCCACUCAAGGUUCUAUGCAUCCCAAAUUGUGUUGGCUUUUGAGUACUUACACUCACUAGAUCUUAUAUAUAGGUACUGCUUUCAAAUCUUCUACAGGAGGCAUUUUAAACUUAUAUUAGUACACACUUUAUGCAGAGGGAACACUUCAUUUCACAUCCAAUGAACUGUGUUUAUACAGCGUUUCCCAACUUUUUUUGCUCAUUCAUGAAUUUUUCUUGCUUAGGGAUCUCAAACCAGAGAAUCUUCUGAUCGAUGAAAAAGGUUAUUUAAAGGUGGGUACGAAAACUAAAUGAUUUUGUUAUGAUUAUUCAGGCCAAAUUUUAGGAAGAGAUGUGGCAUAACAUCUUCUGCAUGUGCCUAGUUGAAUGAGUGGGUUAUGGAAAAAUAAUGUUGAAUGUAUCCAGAGCUCUCCUCCCAUGUACACGCAGGGGAGGCCAGAUCUUUCCAGUACUCCUGUAAUCAAAGGAACCACUUGAGUCUUUUGUUGACAAAAUACAGUUGAACCUCCCUUAAGGUAUCAGCCACCCUUAAAAUUGCCAUUUUUCCAUAUUUGAGGUUUCAACGUUUUCAAAUAGAUAUGCUUGAGAGCUUUCUUUUAAAAAAAAAAUCAGAAGAAAAUAUUAUUUCUGUCGAAAGAUAUCGGGGGUAAAAGAUUUUUUCUCGUUAAUUAUCUUAAUUGAUCGUUAACAAGAUCUGUCAUACCCGUGUCAUAUAUCAAUUAACUUGCCUGUGAACUAGUAACGUUACCGAGUGCGUGCUUCGACACAACACGUGCGAAUUGUCUUCGCGUUGUUUAUAGCCUUUAGUAUUCUCCGUGGAUAUUUAGCGUUUGCUUCGGUGAAAAUGCCGUCAAAAAAAAAAGGUCGUGUCCGUUUUCGUUAUCGAAACCGAGAGCGAAAAAGACAUCGAAGAGCGAGUUUGACAAAGAAUGGGCCGCAAAAUAGGCAGAGAGCGACAAAGGCUCAUUUUAUCAGCUAGAGAAGUGGCUCGAGGAGUUGGAUAUUCAGAAAAGCGAUAAUGCUGCAGUUGCUGAGAGUGCAAGCCGCUCCAAAAUCCAGCUUGAAGAACCAGAUGAAGAAAGCCAAUUAAGGCCAUCGACCCCAUCUGCUGAUGGAACGUGGAAAACAAUAAGCGGUCGAGCUAUCGUAUUGAGCGAAAAGCUGCUUGAGAAACUGGACGAGUCUGUAUCUUGUCGAUUUUGCCAGGGAAGAGUCCAAGUCAUGGAAAAUGUAGCAACUAAGCAUGGACUUGGUUCUACCUGGAGAAUCCAGUGCGAGAAUGAAAGCUGGCCGGCGCACAAGACAAAUUCUGUUUUUAAUUCUUCCGAGAAGAGCAGAGCGUUUGAAAUAAACCGGGCCUCAGUUCUUGGCCUUCGAGCAAUCGGUGGUGGGCAUUCGGCGGCUUCAAAGUUUUUUAGUUUCCUUGGCCUGGCGCUCGAGAAAGAAUUAAACCGUGCUUCUCGUGGUGUAAAAGAGUGGAAGUUUUCCAACGGAGAAUUAAACUGUUCACUUGAAGAUGUUGAUAGCAAUAAAAAGUUUGUUCCUGUUACAUGUUACCUGUCAAAGUCCUAUUGUUAGAGGAAAUUCAUCCCUCUCUGAUAUCAAUCAGUAUAAACAUUUAGGUGUUAUAAUCUCAUUCCAGGUAGGAUGCCGCCAAAAAUGUAUUUUCUAUUUUAUCUCCAAACGCAAAUUUUCCUGAUCGACUCAUACGUUUUGAACUCCAAGUCGGCAGCCUUUCAAUCAAUUUGGCUAAAAUUUGGCCAGAGUGAUGCCAUAUAUCUCUUCUACAAAACCGUGUCUGCGAAUUUUAAUACUCCUUUUCAUUUUAAAGCUAGAGCUUUUUUUACACAGAGAGUGUUGACUAAUUGCCUUCCCCAACUUCAUUUGCUAAUAAAAGAAAAACAAACGCACUUGUCAAAAAUCUGAGACACGGUUUUUUAGUGGAACGUGUUGAGAAGCGAAUGCGGUGUCAAUUGUUUUCUUCUGUUUAUUUCCGGCGGGAGUGGAACAUGAUUUAUAGAGACGUGUACUUUUACACAAAGCGUUCCAAUUUCGAAACACAUUUAAGUAAAUCGUUUUUCUUAGUUCAAAUCCAUAAUCUGGAAUUAUUAAGCUUUUAAAAAAUAUAUGGUUUAUAGGGGUUUUUAUAAAAACAACUAACGCUACAGCGAUCCGCGCGCGGACUGUCCUGAAGGGUGGCUGAUACCUUAAGUGGUUACCCAACAAAGACAAAAUCAGUAUGCCAAAAUUUAACCUUCUAAACCCUGAGAUCAAAAUUCAAAUUCUCAUUUGUCGCCCCUAUUCAUUUACCACAGAAGUAGUGAGGAGAAGGUAAAGCAAAGCAAAUUCAUCUUUUGUGAUCAUGUCCAUAAUUCUCAUAACCACCAGCGUGCAAAGAAAAUGGUGUUCGAUAGUCUGGGCUGGGGCUAGUGGAUUUUGCUAUCGGGCUGGUGAAUUCUGUUCUUAACUUGCCUGACAGGCAAGUGACGUUUUUUUAGGAAUUCUAAUAACAGAAGAACUGUGAAAUCAAUUCUGCUCAUCAAAAAGCUUUCGGGGCUAGUUGAAAUGAUGCCAGGGCUAGUAAAUGCAAGCUUCAGCUUGCCCAAAUAGCAAGCUGUAAUAAUGAUUUUCUUUGCAUCUGGACCACUCUGUUUUACAAAGCAUUGCCAUUACAAGGAGACAUUUGAUACUGAUCACUCUUCUGGUAGUUUACUGAUCCACAGGGGGUCUCCUCCUAGAAAAGGUUUUGAUGUAUCUUCAUUUUAGAAGAGAUUCGUUGCAUGCAAUUUUUAAGUUUCAACACGUUGUCGCUAAACAAUAAUAAUCUGUUAAUUAACAUGUCUAAAUAAAUGCUAUUGUGUGAAUUAUUACAACUGUUGUAUUAUUCUGUUUUGUUUUUAUGUAAUUUUGGAACCAAUCUGUAAUAUUGUUAUAUACUUUCUUUUAGUUUAAACUUUGUAACUGCAGCGUGUCUUGUGUGAAUAAACGACUAUUAAAUAAUAAUAAAAAAUGUUAUUGCUAAACAUUCUUUGUACACUCUGAAUAGUAUACUAUAUUCAGGGAACAUAGAGAUCAAACCAUCCAGGUGGUUCUUACAGGAGGGUAAAACAAUAGAAAAUUCCAAAACUGUCAUCCAAAAAAGUGGUUGUGAGACUUUGCUUACGAGAGGUGGUGGUUUAUGAGAGGUUCCAACUCUACUGAUUUCACUUGAUGCGUACGCACAUGCAAUUAUAUGCACAGCAUGCUGUUAAGUAAAAUUAAAGCAAAAAACUACAAUCUGUAGGUGACUCAAGACUCCUUGCAAUAUUUUUAUACAUAUAGGUGACAGAUUUUGGAUUUGCAAAGAGAGUGAAGGGAAGAACAUGGACUCUCUGUGGAACACCUGAAUACCUUGCACCAGAAAUCAUUCUUAGUAAGGUAAGAAAAUCUGUGAAAAUAUUUAGCACAUCACUGUUGAUUAAAUCUACACUCGGUAAUGUGGCAAUUUUUUGUUCUUUUGUAAUUCUUCUUCAGGGUUAUAACAAAGCUGUUGAUUGGUGGGCUUUAGGUGUUCUCAUCUAUGAAAUGGCUGCUGGGUAUCCUCCAUUCUUUGCUGAUCAGCCCAUACAGAUAUAUGAAAAGAUUGUAUCUGGGAAGGUAAAGUAUGCAGGGAUGUAGAUACAGAUUUUAAUAAGCAGGAAUGUGGACAUCAUAGGUGGGUAUGAUGGGCCAGAGGCCCAUUUAAUGAUGCCUUUGGCAUGAUUCACCUAGGGGGGUCCAUUGGCAUACUCCCCUGGAAAAUUUUGAAAAUUUAGAAUACUUACCAUUUACAUGGGAAAACCGGCAAAUUUCGGUUGGAAAAUCAAAUAGUUUGUGCCAUUCCAUUUGGGAACCUUCAGAAUAUGGGCUGUGAUUUGAGGUGAUGCACUUUUUCUGCUCUGUUUAGUCUGUUCAGCUGAUUUUGAUUUACUUUGAAGCAGGUCAUUAUUCCAGCACGUCAAAUUUUACAGUUUUAUGUUUACAUACAAAAUUUCCACCCAAAUGGUUUGUGUAAGUGAUAAACAUCACUAGACUCUUGGAAACACAUUUUCCUGAUUUUGGUGCAAAUUUGAUCCAAUUGGGUACUUUUCCCAGGGAAUACAGAUAAACAGAUUUCUCACAAAUAAAGCUUCCAUAAACUGUGAUACUAUAGUACUAAGGUGACACUGUUGUCUACUCUGGCUCAUGAUGUGGAGGUAAAAAUUGUUCAGGAGCAGAUGGAGAAGUAGUUGUGCAUGUGCGCUAAAUGUUUUGUCUUGAUUCUCAGCUUGUUGUCUAGAACAUUUUACUUUCGGCCGGUUUUUUGCAUGCUCUUUUGACUUCAGAAUCACUUUUCUUUCCUCUCUUCCCUGACAUAUCAAGCAAAUUUUGUCCACUACAGUCUGUUUCCAAAGGAAUAUGUGAUCUCACAUUUACUAUUUUGCAUACAUGAGGGGUAAAAUUUUAUAGUACUGCUGACACAAAAGAAAGAGUCUGACAACAGAAACGCAAUACAGUCAUUUGAGCUCCAAAAAGUGGAGUUUGUAAGUUCAUAUCAGGUUCGGUUAAAGAGAAACUAAGGUGUGGGCAGAUUAAAAAAAAAAUUGCUAACAUUCCUCUAGAAACAUUUAGGAGAGAGAAUAGGUCCUUUCUGAGGAGGCUACCAGGGUUGUCAAAAGUAGACAGCUGCUGGCAAAAAUCACCAUGGGCAGGCUACUCUGCUUGGCAUUUCUUUACUGAUGGUGUUUUUUUAAAAAAAUAUCCCUGGACUGGGCACUUAUUUUGACAACUCAGCCGUCUAUUUCAAAACUUUCUGACAAGUCUGGGCUACUUGCUUUUACAGCGGGAAGAAUGUGCUCACAGCAGGGUAAUUUUGCCGGCUCCGGGCUAUUAUCUCCAUCCCUGAGUAUAAGGUCUCAGAAGUUUCCUCUAGCCAUUGCCAUUUUUUCACAUAACAAAGGCUUUUGUGGCUUUGUUAGAAACAGGACUAGGUUACCGCAAAAUCCUGUCCAAAUGUUUGUUUUACCAAUAGGUCAAAGUAAACCACUUAAAUACCCUAGAUUUGAUUUAGGAAACCCCUGUGGGUUUUCGUUCUUCAUUUACAGGGCUCAAAACUGAGGGACGGUCAAUAGACAAUGUCCUGCACUUGCCAGUCUUAUCAACCAGUCACGCAGACUCUUUCUUUUAAACAAGCAGCUCUUCACCUGUAAAUCUUGCAUUUUGUCUCCUUGUAAAAGGACAAUCACGUUCACAAAUACAAAAUUAGACAUAACAAGGAUUGGUUCACUUUUUUUAAAAUUUUGACCGGUCAAAAAACAUGACUUGAUUGAGCAAAAAUUUCUUUGGCCAGUUAUUGUGUCCAGCCACUGUCAAAAAAUUAUUUUAAGCCCUACAUGUAAUAGACAUCUGUCUGCAAACAGUGAACUCCUGGUCACUGAAAAAGUUGCCAUUAUGUUAUGGAUGGGGUAGGGAGUGAUCAAAUGAAUCAUGUUCACAAAAAAGUAGACUUAUUUACAAAAGUGUAGAUUAACAUCACAGUGAUUGUAUCUUGUUUUUCCAUUCAUUUCUUUGUCAGGUUCGCUUCCCAUCUCAUUUCACAGCAGAUCUUAAAGACCUGUUGCGUAACCUUUUACAAGUGGAUUUGACAAAACGCUAUGGUAAUCUAAAGAAUGGUGUUGGGGACAUCAGAGGUCACAAAUGGUUUGCAUCCACAGACUGGAUAGCCAUUUAUCAACGAAAAGUAUGCUAUAAACUUGCCUUUGUUAAGAGUUUUUUUUUUCUUCAGACAAUAAUUGACCCUCUUGCAUUGGUAGUUAGUUGCCUUUGACCAUACAUUUCUGAAUCUACCAAUGUAUGGUUUUCAACGUUUUACGCAAAAGCAGCUUAACAAAAAGUAGCCUGCAGUGCAGGUGUAUUUUAGGUGGGUGAAACCUUUGUGUUCGUGUUGUUGUAGCCGCCAUCUUUGAUUUUAUGACAUUGGAAGGUUGGGGAGAGUAGAAAUAGCAACCCUUAGGGUAGGUGCAAGGGCAAAAGAAGGAAAGGGGGGAGGAGAAAGGGAGAAAAAACUCUUCUCUCUCCCCGCUCUCUUUGACUCGCCCCAUUUCCUCCUGUCCUCAGGAAGUUUCAACAUGGCGCUUUCGCGAGCAAAAACAUUUGUGCUCCCGAAGAAAACACCUGCACUGCAGGCUAAACAAAAAGUCACAUGCUGGUUUUUUUGUGGCAUAAUUUGUUGUCAAUACCAUUGUACUGGUCCACAGAGUUAUCUCUGAAUUUAGGCAUAAUUUAAGAAAAAUAUUGUUGUUUUGCCUUUUGUGUAGGUUGAAGCACCCUUUAUUCCCAAAUGCAAAGGUCCUGGAGACUCCAGCAACUUUGAUGAUUAUGAGGAAGAACCCCUUCGCAUAUCCACCUCAGAGAAGUGUGCAAAGGAAUUUGCAGAUUUCUGAAGAGUAAAUGACUGACCUAUAACUAUUGUGUAUUUAAGUUAUCCAGCAGUGUACAGAAAAGAAUGAUUGACUUUAAUAUAUCAGGCAUUCUUAACAAGGAGUCCACAGGCCAUUAAUGGACAGUAUUCCAUUUGGAACGUUAUCACUUUGCCCGGUAUUCCUUCCGUUGUCCUAGAACUGCUUUACAAAGGCUUUUUAUUUAUAAAAAAAACUCCAUUGUAGUAGAUUUUAGGAGAAAGAAUUUUUAAAGCAGGCAUGUAAAUGUAUUAUUUGUAAUUUAUACAUAUUAUAUAUAAUUUUGCCAAUUCAUAUUUUAGAACACAAGUAUGAAUAGUCAUCUUUAGUUCCAACGAUGUUCAUCCUUCAAUGUCAAUAAAGUUCAUUGUGCCUGUAGUUGUAAACAUCUGUGUAAUAUUAGUUUGCGUAAAAAGGACAACUUUCAUGAUUUGGCCAAAACUAUGGCCAAAAGGGAAAAAUGUAUCAUAUUUCUUGCUUGUUUUUAGUUGCUCUAUUAAUGCAGAAACUUGUUAAGAUCCUUUGUGUCCAAGGGAAUCACUUUAUGUCCAGAUCCCCAUCCAUUUUUCACACUUACUUUAUGCAUGUGUGGGCAAGAUUUUCUCUGGAAGUUUGAUAAAAAUAAGUUUGUUGUUGUGGUAUUUUCCAUGUUUAUAAGAAAGUUAUUGUCCUUAUUCCAGGUUAUCAACGUUUAAAAUGUUUUGAUCUUACUUAAAGACCACAUCAAAUUCACUAACCAAUUUUAUGAAGUUAAGAGCCACAUAAUUUCCGAGUUCUCAACAAAAGGUUGGCGAAAUUCCUCAUUUAGGGGAGAAGAAACUUUGCAGAAUUUUCGGAGAAGAAAAUUCAGAGAAGUCAAUGCGAACUGACUUUGCAAGUUUCUUGAUUCUUACUCCCAACCAGCUAGUUUCAUUUAAUUGUCAAAUUUAGAUUUUUAUCUGGUAUCAAUAUACUGACCUAAUUUUGUAGACCUAAAAUAUCUUGCCUUAUUAAUAGUGUACAAGAACA